AUGGGCUUGCGCAUAGUGACAUGGAAUGAUCUAACAAGUCCUAGAAACCCAUUUGGGUAUCAGCCGUGGAGAGAAAAACGAACGUUUCAGGCCAUGUUCGAUAUCCUGGAAGCGGACAUCGUGGUUAUGCAAGAGACCAAGAUCCAACGCAAAGAUCUCCGUGAUGACAUGGUGCUGGUCCCAGGUUGGGACGUCUUCUUCAGUCUCCCAAAACACAAGAAAGGGUAUUCUGGAGUGGCCAUAUACACCCGCAACUCAAGUUGCUGCCCCAUACGCGCAGAGGAGGGCAUAACAGGUCUUCUUACACCUCCGAACACCUCAACCAGCUUUCGCGACUUGCCCGCGGAUCAACAAAUUGGCGGAUACCCUCGCGCGGGCCAGCUCUCUGGCGAGAUUGACGAAGCAACUCUAGACUCGGAAGGUCGUUGCGUCAUCCUCGAAUUUCCCGCUUUUGUGCUUAUAGGCACGUACAGCCCUGCGACUCGAGACUCCUCCCGCGAUGAUUUCCGGCUAGGUUACCAAAACGCCCUUGAUGCGCGAGUGAGAAACCUUGUGGCGGAGGGAAAGCAGGUUAUUCUGACAGGUGACUUGAACAUUAUUCGCGAAGAUCUCGAUACCUGCAACGUGCGGGAGAACCUCCGUAAGGAAGGGUUGUCGGUAGAAGAUUGGAUGGACAUGCCUUCCCGACGAUUAUUCAACCAUCUCUUGUUCGAUGGGCAAGUCAAUGGUGAGCGAGAUGAGGGCAGAGAGAAGCCCGUUCUAUACGACUUGACGCGGAUAUUCCACCCCACUCGUCAGGGAAUGUUCACAUGUUGGGAUACGAAGAGGAACACCCGUCCGGCCAACAACGGCAGCCGGAUCGAUUACAUCCUCUGCUCAGCGGGGAUCAAGGACUGGUUCAUCGAUUCCAACAUUCAGGAAGGCUUGAUGGGCUCGGACCAUUGCCCCGUCUACGCAAUUAUUGGCGACGUCGUCAAGGUAAACGGCAAAGAUACCUCCGUUCUCGAUGUCAUGAAUCCUAGUGAUAUGUUCCGAGAUGGAACACGUCUGCGGGAAUGGUCCUCAAAGGACCUCCUCCCCCUCUCCGCGAAACUUAUCCCAGAAUUUGACAAGAGACGCAAUAUUCGAGAUAUGUUCAUGAAAAAGCCCACCCCAAAACCCACAUCCUCACCGAGUCCCAUUGACCCCCCGAUCGUCAUACCCGAAGAACCGCCAGCGUCAGGGGAGAAGGAUCAACAACCUGCAGUAACUCCUGGGGCACCCAAGGACCUACCCGCCUCGCAAACACUCGGCUCUUCUAACACAAUCAAGAUACCCCCGAACAGCAACAGCAAAGCGUCUUCCUCGCAAGCAAGCUCUUCCCCGGCGAAACGGCCGGCAGAAGCGAAAGAACCGGCCAGGAAGCGGUCCCUCAAAAGAACAAAGACUAACGAGAAUGACAUCUCGGCUACCAAAACAAACGGCGGCCUCGCACAGAGCACGUUGAUGGGCUUCUUUAAGCCCAAACAGCAGCAAGCAUCAAAGGCUACAGGGCCUGCCGAGGCCGAGACAGCUGCAGCAACCAAUGGCGACGACAAUAGUCCCGGCGACCGGUCACCGGAGAAAGCUGCAGCAAAUCAUGGCCUGGCCCGCCGCUCCCUCUCGGCCUUAUCAGACGUCCCUGCCGCCGCCGCCGCCGCCGCCGCCACAGAGACAGAUUCGCCCGGCAAGCAACCCCCAGCAUCACCCCUGAAGAUGUCGGCUAUCGAAACCUCUGAAAGGGUCUUUGAUCCCAUCGAGACCAAAGAGGCAUGGUCCAAGUUCAGCCUGGGCAAGAGGGUCGUGCCCAAGUGCGAGCACGGUGAGCCAUGCAUCAGUCUUCAGACGAAGAAGCCCGGCAUCAACUGUGGAAGGUCAUUCUACAUCUGUCCUCGGCCUCUGGGGAAGUCAGGAGUUAAGGAAUCUGGCACGGAGUGGAGGUGUGGAACUUUCAUAUGGAGUAGUGACUGGAAGAAAGAUCAAUCUUAG